CUCUCUGAUUAUGUGGGAAUUUACAGAUCUCUCUCAGUAUUAUUACUCUCUUUUGUUCUCCUCCUGCUAAAUGGCCGAAGGCUGGGAUCUCUCCGCCGUCGUCCGAGGUUGCAGAUCCUCCUCCCCUUCCUCCGCCACUGCCGCCGCCAGCACCACUACUUCCAUUACGACACCGUCGUCUUCUUCAUCCAAGGACCUUUCUUUACCAUUAAUCAAGGAAGAAAAGACAUCUUCUCUUUCCCCACUGCUCAAGCAAUCAGAUGAGAAAAAGGUAUAUGGAAAUGGAAUUCUUUUUUCAGCGUUUUAUCUCAGAAAGAGGUCAACAGAAAGAAUGGUUUGCCAUGUAACAGCUGAAAACCUCACCGCAGAUUCGUGGGCCUGGAGAAAAUACGGCCAA